GUCGAGAAGUGAGGGAGGGAGUGUGUGUGUGUGUGUGUGUGUGUGUGUGUGUGCGUGUGCGCGAGUGUUCGUCCAUGAAGAAGAAGAAUCGAGGUUGGCCGUCAGCGCUCCUCAGCCGCACACCCGCGCGCAGCCUCACCGCACCGACGGCGUGGCGCCAUGCUGAAGCCGGGCGAGGCAUCGGCGAGCGGGGCGUCGGCCUUCCUCAAAGUGGACGCGUCGGCGUACCUUCAUCACUGGCAGCAGCUUUUCCCGCGCAAGCCGCCGCUGCCCUCGGGACCCCCGCACUGCGCCUCCUCCUCGGGGGCCGCCGCCGCCGCCGCCGCGGUGGCCCAACAUCCCCUCGCCCAGCACAUGGCGCUCUACGGGCAGGCCCUGGCUCCGUUGGGGCACGGGGGGGACGCGGCGGGGGCGGCGGCCCCCCCUGCCGAGAACCCCGCGCUGGGACGCCUCCUCCAAGCGAAGGAGCGGCGCUGCGGGGGCGUCGGGGUGGUGUCCUCCAGCGUCAAGAGCGGCGGCGAGGAAGACGGGAAGGCCGCCGCGUCGGCGUCGGCGUCGGCGCCGGCGGGCGGGACCAAGCUGAGCGCCGAGGAGUUGGACUACUUCCUGUACGGACAGCAGAGGAUGGAGAUCAUACCCGUCAGCAGCCACAACGCCGACGCCAACAACCGCUGCGACAUGUGCGCCGACAACCGCAACGGCGAGUGUCCCAUGCACGGACCGCUUCACUCCUUGCGGAGGCUUGUGGGCACCAGCGGCACCGCCCCGGCGCCCCUCCCCCUUCCCGACGUUCCCGACUGGCUCAGAGAUCUGCCCCGAGAGGUGUGUCUCUGCACCAGUACCCUACCCGGCCUGGGGUACGGAAUCUGCGCCGCCCAAAGGAUUCCCCAGGGUACCUGGAUCGGACCCUUCCAGGGCACCCUGCUCACGCUGGACAAAGUCCGUUGCGGAGCCUCCAGGAACACGCGGCACUUGUGGGAGAUUUACGACUCCGAGGGAACCUUGUGUCACUUCCUGGACGGCAACGAUCCGGCCAAAUCGAGCUGGAUGAGGUACAUCCGAUGCGCCCGACACUGCGGAGAGCAGAACAUGAUGGUCGUUCAGUACAGGUCGAGCAUCUUCUACCGGGCGUGCCUGGACAUCCCCCGAGGAAGCGAGCUCCUCGUUUGGUACAACGACUCGUACACUUCCUUCUUCGGAAUUCCGCUGCAGUGCGUCGCCCAGGACGAAAACCUGAACGUGCCGGCGUCGGUGUCGGAGGCGAUGUCUCGUCAGGAGUCCUCGCAGCAGCAGCAGCAGCAGCAGCAGCAGCAGCAACAAGCCUUCGGCAAAAGCGGCAAAGCGCCGUCGUCCGCCCGCUCCAUGGUCUUCCCUCAGAUGGCGUGCGGCAGAAGUUUCUCGGCGGCGGACAAGAGCGGCGCGCCGUUCCCGUCGUCCGAGUCCUCCUUCGGCCAGCUGUCCUCCAAGAACCAAAGGGUCCUGGCCAGUCCCACGUCCACCAGCCAGCUCAGCAGCGAGUUCAGCGACUGGCAUCUGUGGAAGUGCGGACAGUGCUUCAAGACCUUCACGCAGAGGAUCCUGCUGCAGAUGCACGUCUGCCCGCAAAACCCAGACAGGCCGUACCAGUGCGGCCACUGCUCGCUGUCCUUCUCGCAGCCGUCGGAGUUGCGCAACCACGUGGUGACGCACUCCAGCGACCGGCCCUUCAAGUGCGGCUACUGCGGACGCGCCUUCGCCGGCGCCACCACGCUCAACAACCACAUACGCACGCACACGGGCGAGAAGCCCUUCAAAUGCGAGCGUUGCGAGCGCAGUUUCACUCAGGCCACCCAGCUGAGCCGUCACCAGAGAUUACCCAACGAAUGUAAACCCAACGGCGACGGAUCGGUGGGCGGCGAGUCCAUCGAGGUGGACUAGAACCCGACGCGAGCCGGCGGAAGCCGCCGUCCGUCCUCCCUCCGCCGCCGCUCCGCUGACGACGACGUACCAAAGCACGACCAAAGUUCUCCCCACCAAAGCGCCAACGGAGUUGGCCCAACUUCCCGCCACUGUUCUACUGAUGUUCUACCAAAGCUCUCGCAAACCACUACUGACGUUCUCGCCGGGUUCAAAGCUCUUCCCGUGUCCUUCCUCAAUCGUCGCACCCAAUUUUUCUUCUACCCGUGUUGUCCCAACACCCUUCUAAACUUCGAGUGACGUUCUACCAAAGAUCAGCAAGAUCCCCGAAUCCAAUCAAUGUCUGUCCACAUCCUACCCAAGUUGUGCUGAAGUCGCCCCAACCAAAGGUCCAUCAAUGUUAUCCUCAAUCGUCAAGCCAACUUUUGCCAAAGUUCCGCAAAAUUGCCGACAAAGUCGACUUGCCGGCGUGACCCCAAAGUGCUUCCGAGAUUGCAUCAGAAUAAGACCAAAGACCAGCGUUCCCCUCAUGUUCUCCUUGAACUUCUGUGGUCUGUCCGGGGAGAGGACCACUUUGAGAAGCGCCCUCCUGUGGCAAGGAGGCUCACUGCAGCUAUGACUUGUCUCCCCCUCCAACCCCCCCCACAAACGAGACGACGGAAGGUUUGACAACCACACAAGCAAACCAAAGACUGUCCAACUUUAUGUUGGAGAUUUAGCGGACAAAGAAACACACACACACACACACCAAAGGAGGCAGAAACCAAAAGAAAUGUCACGGACGUCAUGAACGAAGGAAAAUUAAAAUGAGAGAGAAAAAAAAAAAGAAUAUUUAUCUUGCGGCGGCACUUUGACUUGUGAAGUUAUUUAACGUAGCGCAUCGUCGGCUUCACGCGUUGGCAUCAUCCCAAGUUUUGGGUGCAACUGCUGGUUUUUGUACCAAAGUUUUCGGAUUGUUUUGUUGAAAUGUCUUUUUCUUUCUUUUUUUUUUGUUUUACGUGCCAAACUCGCGGAAUGAACAAUAAUGUGGGACAUCCAAGUCCGCUUCGGAGGUUCCACACAUCCCGAUAAUGGUCCCCAUUUUGAGUUUGUGAUCAGCCAGCAAGUGAACGCAAACGUGUGCGCCCCGCUUUAAGCUUGGACAGAAAGUUUGCUGCUGCGAAGACGAGACGGAUGACUUUGUGUACUUGAGGCGGGAAAACAAAACGCGUCCGCCCAAUGUCUCAUUCACGUUUGCAUGAUUUAAAAAAAUGAAACGCGCCAGACCUGAAGAAGAAAACGAGGUUCAAAUAAAGGGAGUCCAUUUUUGUCAA